UCUUUUUUUCUUCCUGCUGUGACGUCAACAACUUGCCGUUGAAGCAGAGGACUCACGGAGGUUCGAGUCCCAGCCAGAGACACCGGCAGGCAGGAGCGAUACCGAGCCACAUGCGUGCAGGGACAGUGACCGAGGCCAGCAGUGGAGAGCCGUGACCAUCGAGAGGAGGACACCGAGGCGGAGCCCCGGGACAGCCACAGAAGAGAGGGAGCCUUUGCUUUCUUGGACCGAACCGAGUCGAUGCGCUAACGGAGUCGGUCCGGAGACAGCAGGGGGGAUUUGCAGCCUCGUCCGUUGCAAGUUCGGUGUCGGAGCCAUCGGUGUGCAUUUCUUCCCCGGAGGUCGGUUCCGUCCAGGCCAUCAAGCUGUGUUCUCUAACCAUGGGAUGCACUCUGAGCGCCGAGGAGCGGGCGGCUCUGGACCGGAGCAAAGCCAUCGAGAAGAACCUGAAGGAGGACGGACUGACGGCGGCCAAGGACGUCAAGCUGCUGCUGCUCGGGGCCGGAGAGUCGGGGAAGAGCACCAUCGUCAAACAGAUGAAGAUCAUCCACGAGGACGGCUUCUCGGGCGACGACGUCAAGCAGUACAAGCCUGUGGUCUACAGCAACACCAUCCAGUCGCUGGCAGCCAUCGUCCGCGCCAUGGACACGCUGGGCCUGGAGUACGGCGACAAGGAGCGCAAGGCCGACGCCAAGAUGGUGUGCGACGUGGUCAGUCGCAUGGAGGACACGGAGCCGUACUCGGCAGAGCUGCUCUCCGCCAUGAUGCGGCUGUGGUCCGAUUCAGGAAUCCAGGAGUGUUUCAGCCGCGCCCGAGAGUACCAGCUCAACGACUCAGCACAAUACUACCUGGACAGUCUAGACCGAAUCGGUGCUGCCGACUACCAGCCCACAGAGCAGGACAUCCUGAGGACCCGGGUGAAGACCACGGGCAUCGUGGAGACACACUUCACCUUCAAAAACCUCCACUUCAGGCUGUUUGACGUGGGGGGUCAGAGGUCGGAGAGGAAGAAGUGGAUCCACUGUUUCGAGGACGUGACGGCCAUCAUCUUCUGCGUGGCGCUCAGCGGCUACGACCAGGUUCUGCACGAGGACGAGACCACGAAUCGAAUGCACGAGUCGCUGAUGCUGUUUGACUCCAUCUGCAACAACAAGUUCUUCAUCGACACCUCCAUCAUCCUCUUCCUCAACAAGAAGGAUCUGUUCGCGGAGAAGAUCAAGAAGUCGGCGCUCAGCAUCUGUUUCCCCGAGUACACAGGUCCCAACACCUACGAGGACGCGGCGGCCUACAUCCAGGCCCAGUUCGAGAGCAAGAACCGCUCGCCCAACAAGGAGAUCUACUGUCACAUGACCUGCGCCACAGACACGGGAAACAUCCAGGUGGUGUUCGACGCCGUCACCGACAUCAUCAUCGCCAACAACCUGCGAGGCUGCGGCUUGUACUGAGCGCGCUCCGUCCCUCCUCCCCCCCUCCUCCCCCGACACUGCUGUGGAUGAUGAGUCUGCUGCUUCUUUGAAAAGAAAGAAAGUGCACCGAGGAACAUGAUAACAAGGGUCAUAUCAAUAUAUAUAAUAAUAUCUCUCUCUCUCUAAUGUUUUAGUUCUGCCCCCCCCCCACACGCGCGCGCGCUCGCUCGCCGGCUGUGGAGCCUUGAAACUUCUCCAACAAACCCGUGACACGUUUGCUGCUCUUGGCUCGUAACUGCUCCUUUUUGAUGCUUAGUUUUGUGUUGAUAUUUAUUCCCUGGACACAUGUCACUUGCUGACGCUGGAGGACGGAGAGGAGAGCUGGACAGGAAGGUGCUGCUCUGCCGUCUGACCGCUGAACUGUAGCCGGCAGCGGCCGCCUCCGUGGAGCUGGGCGGCUGGCACCAGGCCAGGAGGGGGCGCCGCCGCUGCCAUGAAGACGUGGCCACAGACAGGCUGCAUCCGGCGCUGACCUCCGCUCUGUUCGCUUGCUCAGGUGCGAUCGGGCCGGCCGGCUGUGAGCAGCAGGGGGCCACGCAGCGCCCCUUCCUGUACACCCCGCACGCCGUCUCUCUAGCGCCACCAGGCCUCUCUCAUCUCCGUCUGUGCAUGACUGACCCGACCCUGGGGGGGGGAAGCCCAACAGCAUGAGUAACUUUGUACAGAGGUAGUGGACGUUCAGAGAAUAACCCAAAAACUGUUUGUAAAAAGAGCAACGACCGAAGCCGCCCAGCAAGUGGAGGGGGGCGGGGCUGGCUUGUCCUGGGAAGCUGAUUGGCUGGCGUUCAGAGGUGGGCGUGGCCUGCGAGCUUCUCCACCUCUUCUGAAGGAAGGAAGGUCAGAAAGAGGGGGGGCGGCGGCGGGGCCUCACCGGGUCUGGGCCGCUUGUUUGCCACCACGUCUGUGAGGGUUGGUUGGUUGAGGUGGAUCGGCUCGCUCGCUCGCUCGCCUCCGUCGAAGCAGCUCCCCGUCUCUUCUCUGUCUCUCGCGACCGUCAGUGGCCGUCCCCCGCGCGCGGCCUGCUCCCGCCUCAGAACUGCCCUCACCAGCGUGGACUGAGCGGGGCGGUCAGAGACGGCGCAUGUCCACACCUGGCUGCACACACACACACACACACACACACCUUCCAGGUGUAGGAGGAAAAGCACAGCUCUCUCUCUCACACACACAGAGUAUAUAUGUAGAUCUGUUAUCCGUUUCCCUCCCAUGGCAUCUGCUGGUUUCUAGUUUGGGAAGUGAGAGCUCUGUGUGACGACGACGAUCUCUUCCUCACGGCUCCUCUCUUUUUUACCCCCUCUCUUGCGUUCUCUUCCCUGUGAAUGCUUUUCUUUGGUGCAGCUUUCUCUCUCUCUCUCUCUCUCCUCUUUAGUGGAUGGUUGUUUCUUCAUGUGGGAUGUCCGUGCUGGAAAACCAAUCGAAUGUAGUGUUUACAUUAAAAAGCCACUGUUUUCAUGACGACAACCUGCUGUCUGUCUGUGUGGGGGGCUGCGAUCCGGACCUGCGCUGAUGCCCAGGGACAGGAAGUGGCGCUCCUCAGGUGGCCCUCUGCACCGAGUCUCUCCUGGAUGCUGCAGCACCUGGAGCCUGCGGUGGAGAGGGAGGACACACACCUCAUGUGAGUGGGACGUGCGCCACCAUAUUCCCUCCCUCCAUGUUGAGAUGACGUCGUGUACGGACCAAGGGUCGCGGUUCGGACGUGAAGGAUCCAGAGCAGCGGAGCCCCCCCUGGCGGAGGAGCGCUGCCAGUGCAGCACCACGCCCUGAGCGCAGGCUGCUGGAGCUCAGCACGACUUCCUCUUCCUCCACGUCUCCUCCGUCCACUCUCGCCUCUCCAGGCCGGCGGCCGAAGAGGAAGGGCCCCUCCGCAGAGAAACACCUGAGCGCGCGCACACAGUCCUCCGGCAGCAGGCUGUUGCUAGGAUACCGGGCAGCUCCGAGUCCUCAGACACGCAGAGCCCAUGGCGCGGGUGCGGGGGCGCCCCCUGCUGGGCGACUCUCCCUCGCGUCAAUAAGUGAGAGAUGCUGCUGACAGUGAUGCGUUCAGUGCAGUU